GACUUUAUCAGUCCAAGGACAUCAUCCGCUUGGUAAGGGGGGGAAGUUUGAUCCUCUUUCUCACGGAUCGCAGUCAACGGGAGUUUUUUUCUCUCCCAACUCUUUACAUAGGAUUUUUCCCCGUUUUGGCUUGGCUUGUUUUUUUUUUUUUUUUUUUAAUUCUCGGAUUUUUCGCAAGCAACGUGGUAAAUCUCGGCGCAGUGUCUGCAGCGUGCGCGCUCCGCUAAACUGGAUUUUAAUUUUAUUUUCUGUUUUCUUCCCGACUCCUAAGUUUGCUUCAAGCUCAUGACUAUGCUUCUUGAUAGCGGUCCGCAGUUUGCAUCUUUAGGAGUGGGGGGUUUCGGGACACCGCGGCACCACGAAAUCGGGAACAGAGACCCGAGUCUGGGACUGAAUCCCUUCACCGAUUCCUCCCACUCCGCAGCUUUCAAGAUCAGCCCGGUGGCGCACGAUAUCGCUUCCAGCCAGACGUCAGCGUUCACCCCGCAAGCCACUGGAUACGCGGCUGCCCUGGGACACUCUCACGGCGGGCAGGUGGGCUCGUACGGCGGGGGAGCGUUCAAUUCAACGCGGGACUUUCUCUUCCGGAACCGGGGUGUUGGAGAGUCCACAGCGCCGAGCGCCCAGCAUGGGAUCUUUGCAGCUUCGGCGGGGAGCCUCCACGGGCCGCCCGGGAUCACCGAUAACCCCGGGCAUUUGUUGUUUCCGGGACUUCACGACCAGGGAGUGAGCCACGCUUCAUCGGGCGGACAUGUGGUUAACAGCCAGAUGCACCUCGGCUUACGCGGGGACAUUUUCGGAAGACCCGAUCCCUACCGUCCGGUGGCGAGUCCUCGGACGGACCCCUACGGGGCUCAGCUGCACAACUACAACCACCCUAUCAAUAUGAACAUGGGAAUGAAUGUGCCGACACACCACGGUCCAGGGGCCUUCUUUAGAUACAUGAGGCAGCCGAUCAAGCAAGAAUUGUCCUGCAAAUGGAUAGACGAGAACCAGAUGAACAGACCCAAAAAGACUUGCGACAGGACUUUCAGCACCAUGCACGAGAUGGUCACUCAUGUGUCCAUGGAGCACGUCGGCGGCCCCGAGCAGAGCAACCACGUCUGCUACUGGGAGGACUGCCCGAGAGAGGGCAAAUCUUUUAAGGCCAAGUACAAACUCGUCAACCACAUCCGCGUGCACACGGGCGAAAAACCGUUCCCAUGCCCGUUCCCCGGAUGUGGGAAAAUAUUUGCCAGGUCGGAAAAUUUGAAAAUCCACAAAAGAACACAUACAGGUGAGAAGCCGUUUAAGUGUGAAUUUGAUGGCUGUGACAGACGCUUCGCCAACAGCAGCGACAGGAAAAAGCACAUGCAUGUGCACACAUCAGACAAGCCAUACAUCUGCAAAGUGUGCGACAAGUCAUACACACACCCCAGCUCUCUCAGGAAACACAUGAAGGUACACGAGUCUCAAGGAUCCGAGUCGUCUCCAGCCGCAAGCUCUGGAUACGAGUCGUCCACGCCGCCAGUGCUGGUCUCAGCCAGUACAGAGGACCCGACAAAAACACCGCCGUCAGCCGUGCAAAACACGUCUGGCCACAGCGAAGGACUGGCACCCAACUUUAAUGAAUGGUACGUUUGAAGUCAGAAGAGCAGAGCCAAUGUGGACCACGGGGACGAGGAUACAACCUUAAAAAAAAAA